CUCACACACACACACACACACACUCACACACACACACACACACCGCCUCGCUGUGCCAGCUCACCUGGAUCAGGAUAUUUUACUGUGAUAAUAACGAGGAGCAGAGAGGCUGCAGCGCGCACACUGACGCCGGGUUGGAGGUGAUGUCUGCGGCUUGACACGCAGCUCUGCACCGCUCCUGAACAUCCAGCAGGUCCGUGAUGCUCUCUGCUGGCUGACCGUCUAGCUUCAUCAUGUCAACCUCAGACUCGGAUUACUCCAUUGACUGGCUCGCCAGCGAUGAGGACGACUACGACAGCCCAAAGAGAUUAAGUCCUCAGCAUGUGGAGGAGUCGCCAGUACCGCCACCACCAUCAUCAUCAUCAUCAUCAUCAGCCUCAUCCUUAAGGGAAUCUCCUACAAGCUGCUUCGUCUUGAGCCAGAGGAGGAGGAGGAGGAGGAGGAGGAGGAGUGACUGCUGUGACUGUAAAGAUGGAGGCAGCUGUGAGGUCGACCCUCCAGCUGCCGUGCAGACGUCGACUGUCAGUCCAGUUCAGGGAUUUACUUCUGUUUGUGAGCAGCUCUCUGUGGAGUCGAAGCAUCACGCAGCCCGGAAGAGACUCUGUGAACAGACUCAACCAGACACUGAACAUGAACUGUUAUCACACAAGUGCGCCGAGCUGCAGUGCUACAUCCAGCCUCUGUCGUCCAUCCUGCGGGGCCUGAGAUCAGGCAGGUACUCUGAACGUCUCAGCAGUUUCCAGGAGAGCGUCGCAGUGGACCGUAUCCAGAGAAUAAUGGGGGUCCUUCAGAAUCCAAACAUGGGCGGACGCUUCCUCAGCAUUAUACUGAAAAUAGAAGAAAUGCUUCACAGCUGGUUUCCUCACAUCAGACCAAACCUGACUGUGACAGACGACUGCACUCCGGCCAAAAGGCAACAGCAGCAUCACAGCAGUGCCUCCCCUCCUCCACCCUCUCCGGUGUCGCCCUGCUCCUCCGACUCCUCCACUCACCUCAAGUGGCUCCACACGUCCCCCAUCUGCUCCCUGAAGACGCCUCAGUCCACGCUCACCCAACCCGCCUCCUUCGCUUCCCCUCCGCCCACACGCUGCAACCAGGAAGUGACCCAAGACAACUCCGUCUCCUCCAGCACUGACUCAUACUCAGUGCCCCUGCGCCGCCGCCUGGGUGCUGAGCCGCGCCUCAGCAGAGGGCCGCUGCCCUACAAGAUCAGCUCGCCGUGUCUGGAGAGACUCCUGCAGGCGAAGGAGAGCAUCAUCACACCGAGGACGGUGGGAGACGGAGGCUGGUUGUGUUGAGAGAGAAUGCUGGAGGUCAGCGGCUGAUCUGGGGUCAGAUCAGACGGGAUCUCAUCACUCCAGCUUCCACAGGAGAAACUACAAGGCCUUAAAAAAAAUGCAUGUUUCAACGUCUUCUACAUCUUUUUUAUUUUGACUCUGCAGCUGAGGUGGCGUUCACUCCGACCUCAGGUUCUCCAGCAGGAAGUGACGCAGACGGGGCCUCGGCUGGAACCACUGGUGUUGAUGACGGCUGACUUUCAGGACACUUUGAAAGCAGCCGUGUGUGCGAGGACACGUCAGAGCUCUCAGUGGAGUUUCCACUAAUAUUGCAGUUGGACGGAGUUCAUGUUGUAACGAGGUCACAGGUUUAAACGAUGAUGUUGGCAGACUGAGCGAACAUGAGUCUGGAGCUCUGAGGUUCUUCUGAGAACACGGAUCAAAUCUGACUGAAGACACAUGAACAUCUGGAGAACCUGAACACUGACUCUGUUUGAUCUGCUCCUCUUUAGGUUUUAAUGACUCCUCUACCUCACUCUGACAUCACCAGUCUGACCGCACAGCCGCCACCGCUGUUCGGUAACAACACCAGAACUCUGACAGGAGCUGAGAACAGCAGCGUUCCUUUCAGAUAUAAGAAGGUCUAAUAUUGUGUUCCAGUACUGAAAUAUAUCAGGAUGUGGCAGAGUCAGAUUUAAAUGAGCUUAAAUCUACAUUUUGUUUUUCAGAGAGAUUGUAAAGGUUUCAUCAGCACAGAACGAUUUGAUCUGAAACUUUGAUCGAGCUCCUGGUUUUCAUUGAUUGAUCAGUUUGCCUUCAGGCUGGUGAACAUUCAGGACGUCAGUGACAGUAAAUAAACGGUGACGGUGCCUGUGAACAUUCAGAUUUGAGUGCUGUUAUGAAACCCAACAGUCACAGGGACCCCAGAACCCCCGACACAGUUUCAAAGAGAGGUUUGGAUUUUGAAUUAAUUUCAAUACGACACUCACUGGACUCAGAGGGAGUUAUCUGUCGCUGUUAUCUUUUAAUUUGUCUCCACACGAGCUGCAAAGAGAUUCUGUCUCAGUGUCCUUGUGUUGUGUGAGAGGAAUACGUCGCCCCCUUCAGCUUCUUGUUUUUUGCUGAUCCAGCCUGUUGAAUCAGUGACAGCUUUCAGAUCUGGAUUGUGUGGUUAAUGUGCUAACUGGCUAACUAGUGUCAAGACGCUGUUCCUGUUCCCCGUUUUGAAUGACAACUAAAGACGACCGCCGUCUGCUGGUGUGGAGUUAUUUCCUGUCACACAGGUGCAGAAGCACGAGCUGGCUGGCUGUCAGCUGUGGUCUUUGCAGUGUGUUAACGUGCGACUUUUGGGCCAAGACACAGGCGACAUGAAGCGACAGUUUUCAUCGCCGCUAGUUUAAAGUCCAUUUGGUGCAUCUGGGCGACAGCAACCACUGCGUGACCGAGUAUUUUUACGCUUCAAGUCUAUUCUCUUCUGUUUUACAGCAGGUGUUUCACUCUGGGCGCUGCCAAAACACAGGUGGCCUACACUCAGUACUGUCCCUGAACGCCUCCUAUAGACAGUGUGUUUGUUCAAAUUAAAAAGUGACGCCUGUCACAGCGACUGAUGACUCUUUAAAGUCCAUGUGAGUGUAGUAUGAAGACAGAACUUAAAGUCCAGACGUGUCCGACAUGAGCAGCUGCUCUGACCUUUAUGUACAUAGUGUUUUUCUCUUCACGGUUUUGUUCUCUCUGAGGAGAUGGCCUUUGUCAUAUUUUGUACUUCUGAUAAUAAAUAAAUGUGAUGUUUGCUUUCUGACAGGAAA